AGAACAUACCCUUGAUAUGCUCUAUAGGUAGGGCUACAUGGUAUGUGCGAUCAAUCAAAUGACAUUCUGAAAUUGAACAGAUAUAUAAACAGAAAUUGUGGCACGUUAUUUAUUCACUUUAGAUAAAAAAUCAAGAAUAUUUACUCAAGAAAUUAAAUAUAAAAAGUUUACUAAUUAAGAAAUUGGACAAAUUUAUAUUAUAUUUAUUCAUUAUCAUUCUAUAAUCGAUCUUAAGGUGAAUGUAUUCGAGUUUGUAUUUAGGAUAAUCGAUGUUUUUCACAUGAUCGUUUUUUCUGAUUUUAAAUCUCUCAGUUACAUUCUGUAACCCACUUGAAAAAUUUAACAAUUAUUUUAAGAAACUUCAGAAUGGCUCCGUUUAAAAUUGUUAUGGUCCGUCAUGGAGAAUCUGAAUGGAAUGAAAAAAAUCUUUUCUGCGGAUGGUUUGAUGCUAAUUUAAGCGAAAAAGGUAAAAAGGAAGCGGAAAGUGCAGGAAAAGCUCUAAAAGAUGUAAAUUACAAAUUUGAUAUUGCAUAUACAUCAGUUCUCACUCGAGCUCAAAAUACACUCCAAGCAAUACUAAAGGAAAUUGGACAAGAAAAUUUAGAAACAAUUAAAACCUGGAGAUUAAACGAAAGACAUUAUGGUGGUCUCACAGGAUUAAAUAAAGCAGAAACUGCUGCUAAAUAUGGAAAUGAACAGGUGGCAAUAUGGCGCCGUAGCUUUGACAUUCCUCCUCCACCAAUGGAAUCUGACCAUCCUUAUUAUGACAUUAUUGUUAAAGAUCCACGUUAUGCUGAUGGCCCAGCAGUAGAUCAAUUUCCAAAAUUUGAAUCUCUUAAAUUGACCAUUGAACGGACUUUACCUUUCUGGAAUGAUACAAUUGUUCCACAAAUCAAAGCUGGUAAACAAAUAUUAAUUGCAGCUCAUGGAAACAGUUUGAGGGGUAUUGUUAAACAUAUUGAUCAACUCACAGAUGAUCAAAUUAUGCAGUUGAAUCUACCUACAGGAAUUCCAUUUGUGUAUACAUUAGAUGAAAAUCUCAAACCCAUCAAAAGUCUAGAAUUUCUAGGAGAUCCUGAAACAGUUAAAAAAGCCAUGGAAGCAGUAGCUGCUCAAGGAAAAGCCAAAUAAUUAUGUCAGCUUUAUGUUUAUGUUUAUUUAUUAAUAGAAGUCUGUAUAAAAUAUUAGAUUCCUAAGUAUUCAUCAUAUGUUAAUGAUUGUGUGUUAAUAAAUAGGAAAGACAUACAGCAUAGAAAA